GACUUUUACGAACUUAAUUCUCUUCCUUAACCACUCACCUGGCUUGCUUGCUGGACCUCGUCUAAAGACAAAGUCAUGGACAACAAUAACACAGAGGCAAGCGGACUUUCAAGUCCUCUCCUCGUCGGAGGCAUAAAUGAAUCCUACCGAAACUCAGAUGGGGGAAACAUCUGCAGUGAUAUCACUGACCACCAUGAAAACAAGUAUAGCAAAGCUUCUCCGGCGACACCAAUUCUUAUACUUGGCACCAUUAUUGCUGUCUCUGGUUCUUAGGUUUUUGGGUCUGCUGUAGGUUAUUCAUCACCUGCUCAAUGUGGAAUUAUGGACGACGUCAGUCUCAGUGUGGCAGAGUGCAGUAUUCAGUGUUUGGCUCGAUACUGACAAUUGGGGCAAUGAUAGGUGCCAUACUGAGCGGUAGAAUGGCAGAUUAUGCAGGUCGUCGAGGUGCCAUGUGCUUCUCGCAUAUUUUUUGCAUAUUGGGAUGGCUUUGCAUAGCAAUCACAAAGGUUGCCUGGUGGCUUUACAUCGGAAGACUGAUGGUAGGAUGUGGGAUGGGUCUUCUAUCUUAUGUGGUGCCAAUUUAUAUAGCAGAAAUAACACCGAAGAAUCUUCGAGGGGGAUUUACAACAAUUCAUCAGUUGAUGAUCUGCUGUGGAGUAUCUUUGACUUAUCUCAUCGGAGAAUUUGUGAGUUGGCGGGUUUUGGCAUUACUUGGAACAAUUCCAUGUGCUGUACAGCUUCUAGGCCUGCUCUUCAUUCCUGAGUCUCCUAGGUGGCUUGCAAAGGUUGGUCGCAUGGAAGAGAGUGAAUCCACCUUAAAAAACCUCAGGGGAGAGAAUGCAGAUGUUUAUGAUGAAGCCAAUGAAAUCAAAGACUAUACAGAAAACCUUCAGAAAGAAUCAGAAGCUAGAAUGGCUGACUUAUUUCAGCGGCAGUAUUUUAAAUCACUUACUGUCGGGCUCGGAUUAAUGAUACUACAACAAUUUGGAGGGGUUAACGGCAUUGCAUUUUAUGCAAGUUCCAUAUUUACCUCUGCUGGUUUCUCAGAUAGCGUGGGAACAAUAGCAAUGGUUGCUGUUCAGAUCCCAAUGACAGCUCUGGGCGUACUUUUGAUGGAUAAAUCUGGACGGAGACCACUUUUGUUGGUCUCUGCUGGGGGAACAUGCCUAGGAUGCUUUCUCGCGGGCCUAUCAUUCUUAUUGCAGGACCUUCAGAAGUGCAAGGAGGUUUCUCCCAUUUUGGCUCUUGGUGGUGUACUGGUAUAUACAGGAUCUUUCUCGUUAGGCAUGGGAGGAAUUCCUUGGGUUAUCAUGUCUGAGAUAUUUCCCAUUAACGUGAAGGGGUCUGCAGGAAGCCUUGUGACCUUAAUUAGCUGGUUAGGUUCUUGGAUAGUAUCAUACGCUUUUAACUUCCUCGUGGGUUGGAACUCAACAGGAACCUUCUUUAUAUUCUCUGCCAUUUGUGGCCUCACUGUCGUGUUCGUGGCAAAACUUGUAACAGAGACCAAGGGGCGUACACUGGAAGAAAUUCAAUCAUCCAUGACUUCGCGUAUAGUUAACACAGACACAAGCUCAGCUUGACAGACGGCCAGAUGAAACAAAUUUUAUGAUUACCGCCAAGACUGAACGACCCUGGAAUUUUUAUACACAUUUGAAUACAAACUUAAACUUGGAAGGUUGUUUAGAGCCUAUACAACAUGGUUAAUUCAUACUA